GGGACCGCCCCAAGAUGGCGGAGUACGUGCAGCUGGUGAAGCGGGCGCUGAAGCACCUCGGCGGCCACGGCGGCGUCCGCGGCGCUCUAUGGCAGCUGCUGAGGGUCAAUGAUUUGAAGACUGGUACGCUGAUAGGAAUUGACAAAUAUGGAAACAAAUACUAUGAAGACAAAAGAAACUUCUUUGGUCGACACAGAUGGGUCAUCUAUACUAAUGAAAUGCAUGGCAAAAAUACGUUUUGGGAAGUUGAUGGAAGUAUGGUGCCCCCUGAAUGGCAUCGCUGGCUUCACUCAAUGACGGAUGACCCUCCAACUACUCAUCCACCAGUUGCUCGUAAAUUUAUCUGGGAGAACCAUAAAUUCAAUCUGAGUGGCACUCCCGGACAGUACGUACCUUAUUCUACUACUCGCAAGAAGAUACAAGAGUGGAUCCCACCUACAACAGCUGGCAAAUAACAACAACAAAAAAUGUGACUUGCCUCAGCUUUGGCUUUCAGUGUAAAUUGUAUUUUCACUGGUUUUGUUCAAAAUAAAAGCCUCCUAU